AUGCGUUACGACGACUGGGACGUGAUUCUGUUCCCUACAGGCAGAGAUGGCAAGAUCCCAAUCAAGGAGUUCAAAGUCCAGUGCCAUGUUGUUCCAGACCAGGAGCUUGCUCACAUGCACGGACAGGCUGGCUUGCCUGUCAUGACCUGCUUUAUCCCAAGCCUUCCGGCCGGCAGUCCAUUCCAGAUCUCGAUGCACGCCUGGAAAACUCCCGAUAUUAGCCUGUUUACCAAGACGUACAGCAGACAUACCGACUUUGUCAAGUUCGAGGCGCGCAUAUUCAUCGACGGUCGUUUAGUCGCUUCGACUGCCUUCGAUCGAAAGGUCAACGGUCCCCAUCUGAUCGCAGACACCUUUGACUACACCAAGACGGGCGAACGCGAACGCCUCAAGUUUCCUACCUUCCGCCGUGAGCUUCUCUACGAGAGCCACUGGAGUCCUGGCGAUGACCUUGGCCGCAUCAAAGUUCUCAUCAGCGAAGGCUUUCCACGCGACUCCCUGACGGUGCCCUUCGAGCGGGUCAAGAAUAUUGUCGCCUUUUCCUUCCAGCAUGCGCCUCUAGAACUUUUGGAGAACAACUCCAUUGCCUGGCCCAACCCAUCCAUGUGGCGUACCCCGACCUACAUCUCGAAUGUUCCCGUCCCAACAUAUCAUCCCAACGAUGGCAUCAACUCCCACACGCACUCCCCCCAGAGAGCAAAGAAAAGCAGUCAAAGUCCAGCAAGCUUCCCAACUCCGAUCAUGACCCACGGCGUAUUUCAGCCCCAACCGCCUACCACCAGCUACGGGGGCACACAGACUCUUCAGAUGCCCUACGCACCACGAGGAACCAACACUGGCUCUGGCUCGUCGCUUUCCUAUCCCGAUCCGUUCACCGAGCCUUCCUAUAUGAACUGGGUUGGCUCAAUGGGCAACAGUUCGUGGCAAUCUGGUAUGCGACGGGGCACCCAGCAGCAGAGUAGCGAUGAAACCAUGCCCGACUACGGCGAUGGCCACAAUCGCGACCAGCCCGAGGUUAUGCAUGUUUCUGGACAUAGCAUGGAUGACGAGCAUCCUACGAGCAUGAAGGUGCCAACGAAUACCCCGACAACACUUCCUCCUCGUACUGAAGAUAUGACUACAGGAGUCGAUUUCCCCUCCAUGUCUACCCAUAUGCCGUCCAUCCCCCCUGACAUGGCUUCCUGCUUGACCAACACUCUCUUGAACCAGCCGAUGCCGCUUCCGCUUCAGCCUCAUCAGAUACCUCUCCCGUCUUCGGAUUUCAAGUCACGUAAGGAGAACCGCUUCCUUACGAUCUCGGGUUCCAACCCUUCCUCAGCUUACUCGACCCCCUCUGCAGACCAUAGCGACGUUCGCAAGUUCUCACAGCCGGCUUACUCCCAGUGUCCCAUCGCAUCCAACUUGUCCCAAAUGGUCUCCUCCAUGGACGGCGCCGGAAGCUCAAGCGACUCUCCCAGUUUGCAAAGCAUGUUCUCGGUCGCAGAGAGCCAUCAGAAUAGUCCGAGACAGGCCGAAUUUGGGUCCAGCUCUAACAUGUAUGGCGGUCAUACUUCAUGUCCCAACCCUCCCGGCUUUCCUCCCGGUCUUACUUCUGGCUUACCUUCUGGCCUAUCUUCUGGCCUUCCUUCUGCUCCACCCUCCAGCCUUUCCUCCCAUUUGUCACCCUACCUGACCAUGAACUCGCCUACCAGCUUUUCUACAAAUCCCACUUCCAACCCGCCGCCCGGCCCCACCCCCUUUGCCAGUCGGACCGAGAGCUCUCUCAACGCUGGCCUUGGAAGCGGACAAGGCAACGUAAAUGACAAUCGAAAUGAUGCUGCCUCAGGGAGUGGAAACGGGAAUGGAAAUAUGAAGCGCGCUCGCAACUUCACACCCGCUUCUACCAAAGCUAUUGAUGAAGAGGACGAGCCACGCCGACCAAGCCCUCAUGUGAGAACUAGACACCUUGCUAAGGAAUGGGGGAUUGAGCAGAACAUGCUCGAGCUUUGA